AUGUCCUCGCCAGUUCAACUGCCCAAGUUACAGCUGCCGACGUUCAGUGGAGACCCUACAAAUUACCUUUUCGACGCGUUCCAGUCGCUCGUACACACGAACGCGAGUUUGUCUGCUAGUCAAAAAUUGCAUUAUUUGCGCAAUUGUCUUCAAAGUGAGGCGCUCCAACUUGUAAGCAGCCUACAGAUUUGUGAUGGCAACUACAAUGCUGCGUGGGAUCUACUCACCACGCGUUACAAGGUUUUGCGUGUCAUGGUUGAUGGUCACUUCAAAGCAAUUUUUGCAAUUGAAAAGGCAUCUCGAGAUACUGGUAAGGCCAUUAAGCAAGUUUUAAACGCUACCAUGCAACACGUUGGCUCGCUACGUGCUUUAGGUCGGCCUGUGGAGAUUUGGGACGAUUGGCUUGUCCACCUUACCGUUUCGAAGUUGGCUUACGAAACCCGGAAACAAUGGGAGCUGUCAUUGGUGAGGGAUGUUUUACCUACUUUUGAAGAGUUGGUCGAGUUUUUGGAAACACGUGCGCGUUCGCUAGAGAUGGUGCCGACGAGUGGUGCGCUGUCAACCUCAGCGCAAGGAGUGCGCCAGCUCAGCAAAACUGCGGCGAAGACUACAACAAACGUGCUCCAUGCGAUUGGUGAGCAACACACCUCCUCAUCCAACCUGAUUGAUGCAGGAGCCAGUUCACCCUCAUGUUUCCAUUGCAACGCCAAACACAAAAUUUACGCCUGCCCAACUUUCCGUAAAUUAAAUACUGCUGCCCGGUUUGUAUUGGUCAAGAAACAUAAUGUUUGUCUCAACUGUCUGAGCAAAGGCCACUUUCAAGCAAAAUGUCGCAGUUUAUCAACUUGUAACAUAUGCCGUCGCCGUCAUCAUACAUUACUACAUGGCUGCCGCGAAGAUGACACGACCAGCGAUGAGCUGAAUGUACACGCUUCUCCGUUUGUAAAGCAGCAAGGCAAUCUACUUGUGCAACAAUCGACUACGUGA